AUGGCUGCCGCCUUGGGGGCCCUGCCUGCCGGCUUUGGGGAGUUCGAGGUGCUGGCCGUGGGGACAGUGCUGCUGGUGGAAGCGCUCUGUGGUCUCAGCCUCAAUGGCCUGACCGUCGCCUCUUUCUGGAAGACCCCGGAGCUGCGCACCCCCAGCCACCUGCUCGUGUUGAGCCUGGCCCUGGCGGAUGGCGGGCUCAGCCUCAAUGCCCUCAUCGCGGCUGUGUCCAUCCUCCUCCGGCACUGGCCACCCAGCUCCAGACGCUGCCAGACUCUCGGCUUCCAGGGUUUUACGACCGCACUGGCCAGCAUCAGCGGCACUGCAGCCCUUGCCUGGGGUCGCCACCAGCAUUACUGCACACGCAGCCAGCUGACAUGGAGCACAGCCGUCCCCCUGGUGUUCUUCGUGUGGUUGUCUUCCAUCUUCUGGGCAGCGCUGCCCCUCCUGGGCUGGGGCCAUUAUGACUAUGAGCCCCUGGGGACCUGCUGUACCUUGGACUACUCCAAGGGGGACAGGAACUUCACCAGUUUCCUCUUCACCAUGGCCUUCUUCAACUUCCUGGUCCCCCUCUUCAUCACGCUCACUUCCUCCCAGCUCACAGAGCAGCGCUUGGCAAGGAGCAGCCACCUCCAGGUGAGCAGCAUUCGGCCAGCCAGGACGCUGAUGCUCGGCUGGGGCCCCUAUGCCCUCCUGUACCUCUAUGCAGCCAUCGCCGAUGCAAGCUCUCUCUCCCCCAGACUGCAGAUGAUACCUGCUCUUAUUGCCAAGACAGUGCCUACAAUCAAUGCCAUCAACUAUGCCCUGGACAGAAAGAUGGGCAGCAGGGGAUCCUGGCAGUGCCUCUCGCUCCAGAGGAGCAAGCGGAACUGA